CACACCACCAUAAACACCACCACAGAAUUUCGCGCAAUGGAUAACUCUCUCAAAGCAUUCAUGGCAUACUUCUGGAUCGCCUUUGAGCAUCCUUUCUCGCCUUGGUUCUGUCUCUGGUUUAUGCUUACGGUCGCUGUCUCCGAUCUCUGGAAGAAGAGAAAAGAAGGUAAGUCAAGACUUGUUUAUUUGGCCAAUUCGCGUCUUCCGAUCUUCAUCAUUCCAGGUCGGAUAUGAAGAUCUACUCCUAUCCUCUCUAUUCAAGCCCAUAUGAAUUGAGGCUAAUACGCGCUGCUAGCGAAAGCUCGAACUGCUACCCCCUGGUUCCCUCCACACCUCGUCCUCGCCCGACAGAUUUACAAUAACGUCGUGGUAUUGCAAAUUAAGCACCUCCAGGAACUCUCCGAAUCGAACCCCCAGCUAGACCUGGGCGCAGAGAUGGAAGAAGCGCGAUAUUUACACAAUGCAGCGUUGAUUAAGUGGGCAACCGAGGCCCUUAGGAGGGCACUGGCAAUCAAGGACCAGAAUGACGCUUGCAAGAUAUUGGCCGCACAGGGAAGCAUUGGCGAGGAAAUGGCGAGGUGGGUGGCGAAUGCGGAGAAAGUCUGUGAGGAGGAAUUGAAAAAGGUGUCGAAACUGGUUUGUCUUCCUCUUUUCUUGGCUCUGUCCUGAGAUUCUAUCGCUCAAAUCUGGACAAAUGGUUUCUGUGAAUACUGAAGCUACGCGAAUUGAGCUAAUGAGAAGUGUAGGCAAGGGCUACUACCUCUGAUGAAUUUGCCGAUAGAAUCAUGUCUUGCGCCUACAAUAUUAUGGAUAGAGAGGACCUCGACAAGAAACUCGCAGCAAUCGAAGAGAAGCGAGAAGAAGAGAAGGCGUGGUGGGAGGCGAGGAGACAAUGUAUCUUGAGCGAGCUGGUUAAGGAGCUUGGAGAGGAAGACCUGGGAAUGCCCACACAAAGGGGCUCAGGCAAUAAUCGACAAGAAGGGAACGGGGAGAGCUCGAAAAAUGGAAAGAUAAAGGGGGGCAAGGGGAAGGCAAAGGGCAAGAAGUAAUUACGGGUGAUGAUGGGUUGAUAUAUUGAUGGAUAUACUCGUGAUCUCGAGUGGUGGUUUUCUUUUUCGCCUACAUCAGUUGGGUUCAUUUGGGCGUGUUUCUUAUGCAAUUGCUACUCUGCUCGCAUCUCGGUGGCGUUAGCCAUUUAAGAAUAUACUAGAGCUAGAGGGGAAAAAUGGAUGAAGUUUAUGUUGAGAAGA